AUCCAUCUUCGCAUUUCCUUAAAAAAUUAAACCAAGAGCCCGAACCUCUUAAAAAAAUACAAUAAUUUGUGUCCUUUUUUAUAGAAAAAAUAAAAAGUAGAAUUAUCCGCUGAAUAAGACCUCCAGUGUUUUAUAGGGCUCCAAUCCCAAGCACUGAAAUCAGUUCGGUUCCUUCCACUUUAGCCUUUCAUUUUCCACCUACACCCCUUCUCCCUUGGGCAAGAACACAACUCAUACAACGUUAAAAAUAGAAAAGAGAACAUUUUUCCCACAUGGGUAGGCAUUCCUGCUGUUACAAGCAGAAGCUGAGGAAAGGUCUUUGGUCUCCAGAAGAAGAUGAGAAGCUCAUCAAGCAUAUUACUACUUAUGGCCAUGGCUGCUGGAGCUCUGUUCCAAAGCUAGCUGGACUGCAGAGGUGUGGGAAGAGCUGCAGGUUGAGGUGGAUUAACUACCUGAGGCCUGAUUUGAAAAGAGGCACAUUUUCCCAGGAGGAGGAGAAUCUGAUCAUUGAACUCCAUGCAGUUCUAGGCAACAAGUGGUCUCAAAUUGCAGCGAGAUUGCCCGGGAGGACGGAUAACGAAAUCAAGAAUCUGUGGAAUUCAUCGAUCAAGAAGAAGCUGAGGCAGAAGGGGAUCGACCCGAACACACACAAACCGUUGUCUGAGGCCGAGAGCGAAGAAAAAGAAUCUCUCAACGCCGCGGCCAACAACGACAUAUUGGCAGCUUUAUCCGAAGGCUCCAGCGAGCUAAACUAUGGAGCAGAAGCUGAUGAGAACAGCAGUAAGAGUAGUACUCUUCAUGUGUUUUCAGGCACAGGAAUGGGUGCAGCAGAGAGGCCUCAUCAGCAGCAGCUGCCGCUGGACAGCCGCUACCAUCGGAUGAUGGACAGUAAUCGAAUGAGCUCGGCCGCAACACACCAUGAGUUCUUCCUCAACAACAAGACAUCAUCUGAUUUGUCCGGUUACCUCUCUUUAUUGAACUACAGUGGUGCCAGCAGCAACAACCUGGGAUCGUCUCCCCCCUUUCCUCUGCCACCGCACCAUCAUCAUCAUCACCACCAUCAUAACGGAGACGAUGACAGAAGCAGCGCCCUCUUCUUCAAACCCUCAUCUGACCAGAUGGUUUCGAAGCAAAGUUCCAACAUCCCAAAUGGUGUUCACCCCAUGGAACUAAGCAGCAACUCCUCUUUUUUCGAACCCAAUGCGUUUUCUUGGGGGGUUAGUGGCGGUUCGAAUGGGAAACAGGAGAGGGACGGCGAUCUUGAUGAAAUCAGAUGGUCUGAAUAUCUCCCCUCACCCGUCUUGCUUGGUGGGACUGUCGUUCCGAACCACGCCCUCCCCAAUCAUCAUCAAGAAUUGUAUAAUGAAGUAAAACCCGAAGCACAAUUCACAGCAGCAGCAGAUCAAGGGUCUCCUCCUUUGAGUACUACUGCUAGUGCAGCUACAACUGCGGCUUGGCUUCACAACCAAUCCAUGUAUAACAGCAGUAAGCAUUUCCAGAGACUUCAUCAUGCUGCAUUUGGCCAAUUUUCUUAAGUUUUAUUACAUAUAUCUGCGGAAUUAUCAAUAAUAAUCAUUAUCAUAUUUCCACUGUGCUGCAAUUUGUGUGCUACCAGUUCAUAUUCAUAAUCUGUAAAUAGGCCAUACAAAUGGAAUUGCAAUGUUUGAGAUACAUACUUACAGAGCAGCUGGGAUAUUCUUGGUGAUAACAAGUUUACUCUCUUGUCAUGUCUUUGGUCCCUUUACAUUUAUAACAAGUUGCAAUUCUGUACUUAAAGUAGAGUUUUGUGGCUUUCACACUGUUAAUUGUUAACUAAUCCACCUACCCACCCACCCCUGUUUCAAGGACUUAACUGGGGUAAUUGUAUAAAUUCUAUCAUAUUUACCAGUAUUGAUUUAGUUUGGUAUUUCAAGUAUUGGUCAGUUUGCUACGCAUAUGUAAUCGUUUCACUAUGGUACUAUUUGAACUUUAGCAUAAUAGUUUAACAUUUUUUUUUGCGAGGGCAUAA